AAAACGCAAAGAAAUUACCAGCAAUACCCAGCAUGCACAGGAGAGCAAUUAGCAUAAGAAGGGUUGUACACCCUCUUUCUUUCGGCUUGCCUUUCCUGUAGUUUUAGUCUCAUCUUAGCUGUCCACUGGACAAGGGCAACGUCCAAUCGAAGAUGUGGCGUCUCUUUAUUCUGGUUUCGUUCCUUUUGCUGGCCAGCAUCCAUGCUGAACCGGUUAAGGAUCCCGAGUACUGGCUGGCGAACAUCCCUCAUCAGGGCGUUGCGGCGUUUAACCCAAGUCCUUCCGAUUACAAGGUCUUUCGCAACGUUAAAGACUAUGGAGCCCAAGGCGACGGCGUUACCGAUGAUACUGCUGCCAUAAACGCAGCGAUCAGCGACGGCGGUCGUUUUGCUCCCUCAAGCCGCCAGACGUCCACCACGACCCCAGCAAUCGUUUAUUUCCCGGCUGGAACCUACGUGAUUUCCACGCCCAUUGUUGAUUUCUAUUUCACCCAGCUAAUUGGCAAUCCAAACUCCCUCCCAACUAUCAAAGCUAGCCCAGGGUUCAAGGGGGGCUACCUGAUAGAUGGUGACCAGUAUCAGAGCGAUGGGCUUCAAGGAUGGAAUUCUACAAAUGUGUUCUUCAGACAAAUCCGGAAUCUUAGACUUGACACGACUCAAAUUCCAGCGAAUGUCGGAGCAAUUGGCGUUCAUUGGCCCACCGGACAGGCCACGAGUAUUCAGAAUGUGCAUAUUGCCUUGAAUUCCGAGCCAGAAACCCAGCAUCAAGGUCUUUUCAUCGAAAACGGCUCUGGUGGUUUUAUUUCAGACGUUUCUGUCACUGGAGGAUACAGGGGGGUUAGCGUCGGGAAUCAACAGUUUACCGUCCGCAACUUAACCGUCUCGAAUUCAGUAACCUGCGUAUACCAAAUAUGGGACUGGGGUUGGACAUGGCAAGGACUGCAUUUGUCACAGUGUGGGACAGCCUUCUCGAUGGACUCGGGGGGUCCGGAUAGCCAGCAGGUAGGAUCGGUCAAUAUUAUCGACAGCGUCAUCGAGAACAGCCCGGUCUUCGUCGACACAGCUCGGUCAAGCUCGACAUGGAGCAACGGCAGCUUGAUUCUGGAAAACAUCCGCCUGAACAACGUCUCCAUUGCGGUAAGAAAUGUCGCGAGUGCUGUGUUACCUGGCACGGCAGGUAGUACGAUUAUCACCACUUGGGGUCAGGGUCACCGGUACAGUCCUUCUGGCCCGGAAAAUUUCCAGGGCUCUUUAACCCUGCCUCCUCGACCCAGCGCUUUGCUUAGCAGCGGUUCUUUGAACUACUACAGCAAGCCGAAACCACAGUACGAAGCCUAUCCAGUCUCGUCGUUCUUGACCGUGAGAAACGCUGGUGCCAAAGGCGAUGGCUCGACCGACGAUACUUCAGCGAUCCAGUCUGCCAUCGACACCGCGGCAGCAUCAGGCAAGAUCCUCUUUUUCGAUCAGGGAACGUAUAAAGUGACUUCAACUCUCUACAUCCCUCCAGGUUCCCGCAUCGUGGGGGAGGCAUAUCCUGCGAUCCUGGCAAGCGGCGCUGUAUGGUCGGACAUCAACCGACCUAUGCCGGUCAUUGAAGUCGGGAAACCAGGAGAAAAAGGCUCCAUUGAGUGGUCGGACAUGCUGGUGAGCACACAAGGCUCUACGCCCGGUGCUGUGCUCAUCGAGUGGAAUCUAGCCGGAGACCAGGGAUCUGGCAUGUGGGACGUCCACGCGCGGAUCGGCGGGUUCGCGGGCUCGAAUCUUCAGGUUCAACAGUGUCCCAUCGAGGGGGGUGUUUCGUCAACAUGCGAGUCUGCUUACAUGGCCAUGCAUGUUACGAGCCAGGCUAGUGGGGUUUACCUGGAGAAUGUCUGGCUCUGGACAGCUGAUCAUGAUCUUGAUGCCCCUGCAGACAUGCAUGAUGUGAACCAUACCAGAAUCUCCAUUUACAGCGGCCGGGGGCUGCUUGUGGAAGGAAAGAACAUAUGGCUGUACGGUACCAGCGUCGAACACUUCUCUUUAUACCAAUAUCAAUUCGUAAACGCCCAGUCAGUCGUAGCGGGUUUCCUCCAGACAGAGACUCCAUACUACCAACCCAACCCCCCAGCCGACAAAAGUCCCUAUCUAAUGAACGUGACCCUCCACGAUCCAGACUACAGCCGGUGCCCUCCAGGGAAAUGCUCAGCACUGGCACUCCGCAUUCUGGAAACCAGGGACAUCUUCAUCUACGGCGCAGGCUUGUAUAGCUUCUUCAAUUACUACGAUACGUCGUGCUCCGACUUUCCCACGGAAGGAUGCCAGACGCACAUCUUUUCCGUGGAAGGGAACUCGACCAGUCUGGUGCUUUAUUCGCUGAAUACGGUAGGUGUGGAAUAUAUGGUUGCGUUUGGGACGGAGUCGUUGGGGGAUUCCAGUGAGAAUCUCGCGGAGUAUGGGGGGACUAUUGCUGCAUUUUCGGUGCAACCUAGGUCAUAAGACUAUGGUCAUGGUCUAUGUUCAGAGCUACUUUUGCUUUAUGAUUCAGAGUCAAAGUAUGUAGUAAUAUGAGCCG